CUCAAUUAGCUCCAAGCUGUCCUGGAUUGUGGAAGAAAUAAGGCGAAAUCCACGGUUGCGGCACAGCCCACUCAAGGUGCACGGCAUAGGGACUCGCGCAAGCGAUCGAAUCCAGCAGAGGAUCUUCAAGGCAAUGCUCAUCAGCGACGAGUGCGCGAUCGGCUUGCAGUCGAUGUUGCCGAACGCGAUGUGCGGACGUUACACCCCCAACAUCCUGUCAGGAACUCGGAUGAGCCUGACAUGCCUCCUGCAGCAACAAGCCAUGUCGAUCGAUUUGAAGGAAACAUUUCUGCUGGAGUCGCCAGUCCAGAGUCAUUGUCUCUGCCUUCCCCAUCAGCUUCACCCAAAGCAGUAAUUGUUUCCGAAUGCCCUCAAAAAUCGUACUCUCACUCAGACGCUGGCCCCAACGGAUCGCAACAGGCUGUGAACAUGAUGCAGCUGCCUGUCAUGCUUGAUUCUUUUGAGCACCUCCCGCCGAAUGUUCAGAGUUACGCUCUCUACCAAAUUCUUAAACGGUGCAACAAAAGAACGUUGCAAAUGGUUGCAUCUGUCGUCAAUCCAGCUCUCAAGCGAGACUUUCUGGAUUUGUUGCCAUAUGAGCUCUCACUGCACGUCUUGUCGUAUCUUGAUGUACAAAGUUUGUGCCGUGCUUUGCAGGUAUCGAAACGCUGGCGGCAAUUGAUAGAUGAAGAUGAAUACACUUGGAAGCGGCGACUCGACAUUGACCAGUACGACAUCGAGGAUGCCGAAUUUGAAGAAGCACUACAGCUGGGCUGGGUGAGAGACUCAAGUUCAGCUCUCCUUCGUCGGCCGAGAGCCAUCAGCACCGCAGGGCCCGGAAGGCCAGACAUGUCGCCGUACAAAGAACUUCAAUCGGACGAGGCCGUCUUUGUGCGAAACCACUUUCAAGACAUGGUCAAUGGUGGCCUGAAGCAGCCUUUGGUUGGACAGCAAAUUUACAAGACAAUAUACAGAAAGCACCACACAAGAUAUCAGCGAUGGAUGAACCCUCGGAAGGAGCCGCAGCACAUAUCUUUUGAAAGUCAUGGUCGGCAUGUGGUCACAUGUCUUCAAUUGGAUGAUGACAAAAUCAUCACCGGGUCUGAGGAUUCCAACAUCAACAUCUUCGAUGCACGGACUGGAGCGCUGCGCGUAUCACUUCAGGGGCAUGAAGGCGGCGUGUGGGCCCUGCAAUACAUGGGUGACAUCCUUGUUUCAGGCUCGACCGACCGCACUGUCAGAGUUUGGGACAUUCCGACGGGCCGGUGCCUUCAAACAUACGAUGGACAUACCUCUACCGUGCGAUGCCUCCUUCUCACUGCGAUGCCUGAGUCGAAACAUGGCGAGCAAAUGAUCAUCACCGGUUCCCGGGACUCAUCUCUGAAGAUGUGGAAGCUGCCCAAAGCUGAAGAUCCCCCAUGGCAAGAUGCCUCGCCCACAAGCAAUCCGUACUGGAUGCGCACCCUUGAAGGACAUAGCCAAGCAGUCCGAGCCAUCGCGGCUGAGGACGAUGUACUUGUCAGCGGAAGCUAUGAUUGCAGUGUGCGCGUCUGGAAAGUAUCGACAGGGGUGUGUUUGCACCGGUUGACGGGUCACACUCAGAAAGUUUACUCUGUUGUACUGGACGCCAAGCGGGGAAGAUGCAUCAGCGGAAGUAUGGAUUGGAAAGUUAAGGUAUGGGACCUCGACGUCGGUGCUUGUUUGUGGACGCUUGAGGGCCACACAUCUCUCGUCGGUCUGCUCAGCUUGUCGAAUGAAAGACUUGUCUCUGCUGCUGCAGAUUCUACCCUGCGAGUCUGGGAUCCAAAUACCGGGAAAUGCAUGCAGUCUCUCACAGCCCACACGGGAGCCAUCACCUGCUUUCAGCACGAUGGAGACAAGAUUAUUUCUGGCUCAGAUGGGACCCUCAAGCUCUGGGACGGCAAAACGGGCAAAUUCAAGCGUGAUCUUCUCAGCAACUUAUCCUAUGUGUGGCAGGUCAAAUUUGACGAGCGGCGUUGUGUUGCAGCAGUGCAGCGAAAUAAUAUGACCUUCAUUGAAGUGCUCGACUUCGGAUGCUGAUUGGACCAAUAUAUGACUAGCGAUCACUUGUAGAUGAGAA